UGUGCCGGGGUCGCCGCAGUCCCCGCGGCUCGCCUGGGACUUCCAGGCUAGGCGUCCUAGCUUUAUUGCAACCCGGGAGCUUCCCAAGGUGUGAGUGUGGGUGCUGGUCCACCAAAGGCUGAAGCAGGGGACCUCGGGACAUCCCGGUUCUGCGCUCCAGGGAGGCGGCCCCGCAGGGCUGGGCAAGGACGGGGCGGCCGGCGGAGGGGCGGGCGGCGCUCAUCAGUCACGCCAGUCACGUCUGGGGCUACCCGGCCGCCCACUGGUGUCUUGCCGGCUGGUCGUGCCACCCCGCCGGACCGGCGAGGGCAAAGGGGCUGUGGCGACGCCAUGCCCGGGCUGGAGUGAGUGAGCGCGGGCGAAGAUGGCGUAUAUCCAGUUGGAACCACUGAACGAGGGAUUUCUGUCUAGAAUCUCUGAUGUGCUGCUGUGCGGAUGGACCUGCCGACAUUGCUGUCAGAGGUGCCACGAGUCCAGCUGCUGCCAGUCCAGCGAAGAUGAAGUGGAGAUCUUGGGACCUUUCCCUGCCCAGACUCCUCCAUGGCUGAUAGCCAGUCGGAGCAAUGACAAGGAUGGCGACUCCGUCCACACAGCCAGUGAUGUCCCGUUGACCCCAAGGACCAACUCCCCUGAUGGGAGACGCUCGUCCUCAGACACAUCCAAGUCCACCUACAGCUUGACUCGGAGAAUCUCCAGUCUGGAUUCCCGGCGCCCUAGCUCCCCACUCAUUGACAUCAAACCUAUUGAGUUCGGGGUUCUCAGUGCCAAGAAGGAGCCUAUCCAGCCAUCGGUGCUGCGCCGGGCCUACACCCCUGAUGACUACUUCAGGAAGUUUGAGCCCCGACUUUACUCCCUUGAUUCAAACCUUGAUGAUGUGGACUCUCUGACUGAUGAGGAGAUCAUGUCCAAGUACCAGCUGGGCAUGCUGCACUUCAGCACACAGUACGACCUGCUGCACAACCACCUCACGGUGAGGGUGAUCGAGGCCCGGGACCUGCCGCCCCCCAUCUCCCACGAUGGCUCUCGCCAGGACAUGGCCCAUUCCAACCCCUAUGUCAAGAUCUGUCUCCUGCCCGACCAGAAGAACUCCAAGCAGACAGGCGUCAAGCGCAAGACACAGAAGCCUGUGUUUGAGGAACGCUACACCUUCGAGAUCCCUUUCCUAGAAGCCCAGAGGAGGACCCUGCUGCUCACUGUUGUGGACUUUGACAAAUUCUCCCGCCACUGUGUGAUUGGCAAAGUGGCGGUGCCCUUGUGUGAGGUGGACUUGGUGAAGGGCGGCCACUGGUGGAAGGCUUUGAUCCCCAGCUCUCAGAACGAAGUGGAGUUGGGGGAGCUGCUUCUGUCUCUAAACUACCUACCAAGUGCUGGGAGAUUGAAUGUGGACAUCAUUCGAGCCAAGCAGCUCCUGCAGACCGAUGUGAGCCAGGGUUCAGGUAUGUCACAGUCCCAUCAUCCUCCACAUCUCUAA